UCUAAUCCAGAAAAAAAGACACUAAACGCAAGAAAUAUGGCAAACAACAGUUGCAUUGGCUGGAAGUUCAGCGGCAGCGAGGCAGCCAAGGAAGCCUCAGCUGCUUCCCUAAGCACUUACACCUCUAAACUCUUUGCAAUGUGCGAUCCUCAAGGGAAGCCCAUUUUGCCUCCUCGAGGUGAAACCGCUGAGACUUGCCAUACCGCUGAAAAGGCUGUUGUUAAAGCCGUCCUUUGCGGUACUGGAAACGCUUAUGCUCCCGGUAUAGGCCUUCCCGCGGCAAAAUGUGCCGUAGCAGAGUACCUAAACCGUGAUGAUAUUCCGAAGAAACUGGCACCAGAAGAUGUGUUUAUGACCGUUGGGUGCAAACAAGCCAUCGAGCUUGCGGUUGACAUCUUGGCUAAACCAAAAGCCAACGUCCUGCUUCCGAGCCCGGGCUUCCCAUGGGACUUAGUUCGCUCCAUCUACAAGAAACUUGAGGUCCGCAGAUACGAAUUCCUCCCAGAAAAGAAUUAUGAGAUCAACUUUGAAAGCGUCCGAAAGCAAGUGGAUGAGAACACGUUCGCGAUAUUUAUAAUCAACCCUCACAAUCCCAAUGGGAACAUCUACUCUGAAGCUCAUCUCAAGCAGAUCGCUUUGUUGGCUCGGGAACUCGGGAUAAUGGUGGUUUCUGACGAAGUUUUUCGAUGGACCGUUUUUGGGAGUAAUCCCUUUGUUCCCAUGGCGAAAUUCUCGACAAUCGUACCCGUGAUGACACUUGGGUCUAUAUCGAAGGGAUGGACUGUCCCCGGAUGGCGAACUGGCUGGGUCGCCCUGCACGAUCUAGAUGGUGUCUUUAAAUGCACCAAGGUCUUAGAUGCUGCUAAACAAUUUCUUGAGAUAAAUUCUAAACCACCAACUGUUAUCCAGGCGGCUAUUCCUACCAUCUUGAAGGAUACUCCUGUAGAGUUCUUCCACAGGAGGCAGAACUUUCUGAAAGAUAAAGCGGAUUUGGCUUAUUCUAAGCUCAAGGACAUACCUUCCCUCAAAUGCUAUUUAAAACCUGAAGCAUGCACCUUCCUAUGGGUAUUAGAGCAACAUUAUCAGUGA